CGGGGACCCUGGACCUACAGAUGUGAUCGGCAGUCGAGGGGACUGCGGUGCCGGCCGGCAACGCUGCUUGGCGGGAGAACUUGUGUGUGUUGGUUGAUUGUGAUGGUCAAGUCGGAUGCGGCAGGCAAUCUGCACAAGGACCCCUCUUCCGCCGCGGCCGAGAGCUGUGACGGCGGCUGGUGUUGGUCGUCGAGCUGGUUACUGUUACAGGUCACGUACGCUGCCAGUCUUCAUAAAACCACCACGCCCAGCCAACAAACACUUCCUGAGCGGCAAGGCGAGGCACAUAACUUGGACAGUUCUUAAUUCAUCGUGAUUAAAAGACGAUAGCCUCAACGCCAACCACUUCCAGUAGUCCCUUCUGUACACUUUGUCCCCUCUCCUCCACCCGGCACCAUGACACAGACCAAACCCGACGCGGGAUCGUCGACACGGAUCGUUGCUCUGUCGCAGCGCAUCGCCAGCAACACAGCCAAGCUCAACGAGUUUCUCGAGGCCAACGGCCUGCCCACGCCCUCUUUCGAUGUCGACGGCCCUCUGGACCACUCCAUCCCCGAAGAUGCGGCCGAGAUCCACGCCGCCCGGGCUGCCAUUGUCGACGAUACGCAGGAGCUGCGCCGCCUCGUCCUCGGCCCAAAGGAGUAUCUCAUGAGCUACUGUCACGACGACCUCAUUGCCCAGCAGGCAAUCGCCCGUUACCGCCUCGUCCACAGCUUCCCCGUCGGCAAGGAGGCCACAUUCGCCGACAUCGCCAAGGCCUCGAGCAUCCCCGAGAACAACAUCAAGCAGUUCCUCCGCUUCGCCACAGUGCAGGGCAUCUUUGCGGAGCCCAAGCCCGGCGUGAUCACGCACAACGCCGUGUCCCGCCUGCUCGCCGAGGACGAAGUGAUCCACGACUGGAUCGACUGCAACACGGACGACAUGUGGAAAAGCGCCUCGCGGACAUGCGAAGCGCUCGACAAGUGGCGCGGGUCGCUGGAGCCGCACGAGUCGGGCUUCUCGCUAGCAAGCAAUUCAGACAAGACCGUCUACGAGAUUUUUGGUGAGCAUCCGGAGCGCGGGCGGCGUUUUGCCAAUGCCAUGCGCUGCUUCACAGAAGGCACCGGCUUUGGGUUGCACCACAUCACGGACAACUACCCCUGGGGUGACAUCGCCGACGGCGGCACAGUGGUUGAUGUCGGCGGCUCUCAAGGCUUCGUUUGCCACGCGCUAGCCAAGAAGUACCCAAACAUAAAAUCCCUUGUGGUGCAAGACCUGCCCAACAUCAUUGCCGAGGCUGAGUCCCAGGCCGCUGCCUAUCCCGAGCUCCAGGGUCGCGUGAGCUACAUGCCGCACGACUUCUUCACCGAGCAGCCGGUCAAGAACGCAGACGUCUACUUCUUCCGCUGGAUCCUGCACAAUUGGUCCGACGCGCGCUGCGUCCGGAUCCUGCGGAACCUGAUCCCGGCGCUGAAGCAGGGCGCCAAGGUGAUCAUCAAUGAUAACAUCCUGCCCCAGCCGGGUGUGCUGUCACGGUGGCAGGAGAACCGUCUUCGAUCAAUGGACUUGACUAUGUUUGAGCUGCAGAACGCGCGCGAGCGCGAGCUGCAGGACUGGAAGGAUCUCCUGGCCCUCGCAGACCCACGGUUUAUCUUCGUUGACGCCGUCAUGCCACCCGGGUCGAACCUGUCGAUCAUCACUGUUGAGUGGCAGGGCUGAUUGCGACUUUGGUGCCACGCCACGGUGCGGAACCUAGGGAGCCAACUUUUUCGAGUCUUUGAGAGAGGGAGACAGAGAGAUCGGGGAGUGCAAAGUCAUCAGGCCCAGACUCCCAAGUGGGUUUCAACAAACAACAGAGGUAGUUGGUACCAAGAACAGCAUAGCAAUCUAUUCAGUCAACAUUCGUGUAUGCCAGGAUCGCUGAGAAGCGAAUGUCGCAUGUUGAAUAAUCUACUUACACAACUGUUGUGACACUUGCAAGGCGAGUGACGGUGCCACGCCUCUCAUUGUAUUGGGGAGCCACCAUUCAUGGCUUAGCCGAGGUAUCCCGUGA